AUGGAAGGAUCCGACGCAAUGGAAACUCCCGGUGACACGGAGGUAUGGAAACUGUCUGAUGACGUCGAAAUUUUGCAGAUGGCUGACGAAAGUCAGGAUGUCGUAUCUGAAACCGAAUCCGGAAAUAAGAAGGCACCGCUGGUAUGGACGAAAGACAUUCGACCUCUCAAAGAAGGGGAGGUGCUAGAAGUCGCUCCUGGCUGUUACGAUAUGCUUCACACCAUCACCGUGGAUUGGCCCUGCCUUUCGUUCGAUAUCAUGGCCGAUGACCUGGGAGCGUGCCGAGUGCAAUUCCCCCAUCAGUGCUACGUUAUCGCAGGAACACAGCCAGACGAUAAAUCGAAGAAGGAGGCGGCCAUUCACGUCAUGAAGUGGUCAAACCUUUCGAACAACGAAGGCAUGGACUAUUCAGAGGAUGAAAGUGACGAGGAAGACACCUCAUGCGUGCUGAAAUCCAGCAGCAUGCGGCAUCCGGGAAUCGUAAAUCGCAUCAGGUGCUGCCCGCAAUCCAACAGGCUGGUUUGCACUAUGGCCGACACCGGCAAGGCACAUAUCUGGGACGUCGACGCGCACCGCGCAAGGCUUGACCAGGAUGGAUCCGAUCAUCAUAUGGAAAAGGGGAAGCCCGUUUACACCUGCAAUAUGCAUGAGGAAGAGGGCUAUGCAGUUGGUUGGAGUCCUACCACAACUGGCGCUCUCGCCACCGGUGACUGUGCUGGAGCCAUCGUGAUGUGGAAUCCUGUCGAUGCAGGUUGGGAACAUCUGCGUUAUUUCAAGGCGCCCAAGUCGGUCGAGGACAUCCAGUGGAGUCCUGUAGAUGAGCACGUAUUCGCAUCCGCAUGCUGUGAUGGAUAUGUCAGAAUUCAUGACGCAAGAACGCCAAAGGAUAAUGUGAAGGUAAUUCAGGUCUGCGACGGGGACAUAACUGACGUCAACUCCAUAGCGUGGAACCCGAAUCAGACUAACUUGCUCGCAACAGGGGACGAAACGGGGGCAGGCACCAUAUUUGACCUGCGCUUCAGUGAUGUCCAUAUGGCCAAAUUGUCCUGGCACAAGGAUGCCAUCACCAGCAUGGCGUGGCAUCCGACGGACCCGGCGGUUUGUAUUGCCAGCUCGAGGGAUGACUCUGUCUCCAUCUGGGACCUCUCUGUGGAAAGCGAAACUGCAACGGAAACGACGGAAAGUGGUCAGGACAUACCCCAGCAGCUCAUGUUUUUACACAUGGGACAAACGGAAAUUACAGAGGUCAUGUUCCACCGACAGAUCCCCGGAGUUGUGAUAUCUACGUCGGCGGAUGGAUUCAACGUAUUCAAGUGCAUUAACAUAGACUGA